ACUGUGACAGACUCAAGGGUUAUUUUCCAGGAACAACAGCAGCAGGACCUCUGCAUCGCAGUCAUAUUUUUUUUGUUAUUUUGUUGUGAAGAUGCUAAAUUUUAUGAUCAUCUGCUAUGUUUGGUCCCUGACGGCUGAUGUGAUCGACGGUGUAGAAAACUCCACAGGUCUUCAGGCUGCAAACUUCAGUUAUUUGGCCAGUCUCUCUCCAUCAGCAGUGAUCAGGUUCUCAGUCCUGGAGGAUCACAAUGUUUGCCUGCCGUGUGGGGGCUCUGCCCGCUCCAAUGUAAUCUGGACUUAUCGGAACAGGAAGGUCCUAGUGACCCGGCAGGGCAGCCGACAGACCAAUCAGGACCGUCAGCAUUAUGUUUUGUUGGGCAAUGGUGGUCUCUGUGUGCUGAAGCUCGAAGACUCUGACAGUGGAGAAUAUCAGUGUAACCAGCAGCUGGUGGCCAAGCUGCAGGUGCUUACAGGACAUGACUUCAUUGUGUCUGCAGGCCGGACGCUUCUGCUGCCCUGCAGAGGCUCCUCUAAGCCUAAGCACAAGUGGAUUAGACAAAGAGAGGGACGGAAGGAGGAAGUUAUCUUCACACGUUUUAGAAAUGGUACAGAGAAAGCAGAAAUAGAUGGGAGCCGCCUCAGCUACAUUCAUGAUGCAUUGCAGAUCACAGACCUGCAGCCAGAGGACGCUGGACAAUAUCUCUGCAACAGAGUAGUGCAGGCAAAACUCACUGUCCUGGAAGAGCAUUCACAGCCAACCGGUGUCCAAUCAUCUACCAGUAUAACAACAGUAUCAGCUGUGUCAAAGACAGAUGUGUUUGAAACAAAGAACACGCCAAAGAAGAAACCUGAGAAUGCUCUGCUGCUAGUCGCUGUCAUUGGUUUGGGGUUAAUGAUCGUCCUGAUAGCUCUUGUCAGUAUUUUCCUCGCCAGCAUGAAGUGCAGAAAGAAGAGGAGACACAUAUAUCCAGCAAAAAGACGAGAAGACACAGAGCUGCAGCUGUGGAUGACAUAUAACGCCCAGACUGAGUAUGAAGUCUUUGAGCGUCCGUCCCUGCCGGAUGAGACCAUCCACUACGCCUCUCUGGGUCGACAGUACUGGAGUGAAAGACCCAGCUCGUCUCCACCAGAACAGAACAGCAGUAAUGUUGUUUAUUCCUCGGUCUUCACCAGACCUGCAGCCAAACACACGUUAUCCUAAGUCCAGUUUAUUUCUGCCAUUCUUUGUCCAACAACAUUUAGAUGUCUUUGUCCGAUGUGGACCUUUAUGUCUCAAUUACAAUCAGUUUUAACUCUGAGCAUUUUGAUUAAAGCUUAAAGCUGUUUCAACAUAAAACACAAAUUCUUCUCCUUGUGUCUUUAGAAAAUUUAUUUGAACUGGGGCAAACUGUUUAUUUGUUUUUUGGACACUUCAAAAUAUUUACUACAAUCAACAUUACAUUUAUUAUUGUGAGAAAGUCAAAUGACAACAGGAUGCUGAACAUCAGCGUUGGGACCCACAGCCAUGGAUUUCAACAUUAAACUCCAGUACGGACUUUUCUGAAAUUUUCAAAAUAAAUUGCAUUAGCCUACUUCCGGCACAACUUAGA